GAGAGGUGAGGUGAGAGUACUAUUUAAUGAGCUCAAAGUCCACACGCACGCUUUGAUAUUUGCGGCUAGUUUGACAAAGUCGCACGCGGGUUUAUCUGUGAUCUUUCUUGGACGAUGUCAAACUCUGGUCCCCGCCCGCCAGUGCAAACGGGAAACGGCGACACGUGGCGUUAGGUCGAAACGACAGCGUCGGGAUACGUCUUUGGACUUUGCACGACUCUUUAGAUGAACGUGUGGAAUUCACACGUUGUACGUGGCAAGAACCGUCUCCCGGUCGACGUCAUUUAACUCGUCGCUUGAGGAGAAAGUAGUUUAUAAAGAAAAGAGGAUACGAAUAGCACAGAGAUAAGAGGCCGGGCACGACGGCGGACGAAUCUACCGCAGAGAGGAAGCUAUCGAUCGCCUCCUUUUAGGCUCUCUGGCCGUGUUGUUCAGAGAUAAGUAUAAGACCGAUGACUGAUAAGAGACAAGUUGAUUGGCCCGAAUGUAAAUAUUAGCACUGGUGGGUCUGGCUAUUGUAACCUGGCUUUAGGUGUCAUUUGUUGCUAUACUGGAAAUAUAGGAAUUGAUGUAGGAAUUGAUCCUUAUUUGUGAUGAUGAUGUUAUUGUUAUUGUCAACUUCCUCUUAGCUCUGUGCUUAAAGCAGAAAGAUACACGCGCGCACUCUGAUCCAGAGGAAGCGAGUAGUCGGCACAGGAAGCGACGGUGCCGCCGGGGGAACUUUAACCGCGACACACUUGUUUGAAAUGACGCAGCUGCUUCCAGGGCCGAUUGCGAUCGCGACAAGGAGACGAGUGCGUGUGUUAAAUGGCUUGAGGAACAAGCCAAAGAAGACGGGACACGUCAAACCAGAUCUCAUAGACGUGGACUUGGUCAGAGGUUCGGCGUUUGCCAAGGCCAAACCAGAGAGUCCGUGGACGUCGCUGACCAGGAAAGGCAUCGUCCGAGUCGUCUUCUUCCCGUUCUUCUAUCGGUGGUGGAUCCAGGUCACCUCCAGAGCCAUUUUCCUUUUACUGCUGGUUCUGUAUCUGCUGCAAGCGGCAGCGGCGGCCCUGUACGUGACCAUCCCUCAGCCCCAUGGGAUCCCGACCACCGAGGUGUUCGGAGCCAUCUGGCUCAUGUUGCUGCUCGGCACCGUCCACUGUCAGAUCGUCUCCACCAGGACGCCCAAACCGGCCUCCGGCGGCGGGGGGAAGAGACGCAGGAAGUUGAGGAAGGCAGCUCAGAUGGAGGCGCAUAGGGAAGGCGACGGGUCUAGCACUACCGAUAACACACAGGAGGGGGCGCCACAUUCCCACUCUGCCAGCAGCUCCACAUACAGCCUGGGCACUCUCUUCCAAGAUUUCUGGCAUGAUAUCUGUAAAGCUGGAUCCAAGAAGUCCAAGCUUUCCAUCGACAAAUCUACAGAGACGGACAACGGCUACGUGUCGCUGGACGGCCGCGUGACCAAUCGCAGCAGCGAAGAGGGACUCCAGCUCCGCGAUUCGCCGAACGGGCCCGACGAGGCGCGCCGGAACUCUCGCGUCCAGCCCGCGCGCGCGGGAACGACGCCGGCCGGCGGCGACGACGACGACAAGGAGCCGGCUUCGGACGAGGCGUCCAGCGAGGAGGACCCCGAAGCCUCCUACGGCGCCCUCCGCAGGGGGGUUGAAAGAAUGAGCAGCGACUGUACGCUGAGAAACCGCAAGGGCGCGCACCACUACAAGAAACACUAUGGGGCGGAGGUAAAACUUUUCAGAGCGGCGGUUUGCGGAACGCGCGCGGGGAGGCCGCGCGGGCAAGCGCCUGACUGUCUGGUCUUCCGUCAGGACGCGUCCAAGUCCGGCACCAGCUGCAGCUCCAGAUGUUCCAGUCUGAGGACUCGGGACUCUGAGAGCGCCCGGCACGAGUCCGAGACGGAGGACCUGAUGUGGGAGGACUUCCUACACUGCGCCGAGUGCAGAUCCUCGUGCAGCUCAGAAACAGAGGGAGAAGGAGCGACAACGCCAGCGUGCCCCCCCGCUAAAAAGGAAUACAGAGACGACCCUUUCCAUCAGGGUCACGCUCCCUGGCUCCACAGCUCCAACCCCGGCCUGGAGAGAGUGAGCGCUAUAGUGUGGGAGGUAAACGAGUGCAAGAAGGCCGACAUGUCGGUCCUGGAGAUCAGCGGCAUGAUCAUGAACAGAGUGAAUCUCUACACCCCCGGUAUCGGCUACCAGGCGUUUGGAAACCUGGUUUCGGUGACGCUGGGUCUGGCGCCUUUUGCGUACAGGCUGGCCCAGCACAGGGACCUGGAGCGGCUCACGGCCCUCUCGCCCCGCCACCUGCUGGCCGUGGCGCUGGGGGCCGGCUCGGGAGCGCACGCGCCCCUGGUCGUCGCCAUGGUCGCGCUGAGCUUCCUGGUGCGCGUCUGCCUCGCGGGGCUCUUCUUCUUCCUGCUCAGCGUGGCAGAGAGGACCUACAAACAGCGGCUGCUCUUCGCCAAGCUCUUUGGACACCUCACCUCGGCCCGCCGGGCCAGGAAGUCCGAGGUCCCCCACUUCCGACUGAAAAAAGUGCAAAACAUCAAAAUGUGGCUGUCGCUGCGCUCCUACCUCAAGAGACGGGGGCCCCAGCGCUCCGUGGACGUCAUCGUGUCCUCGGCCUUCCUCCUCACUCUGUCCGUCGUCUUCAUCUGCUGUGCCCAGCUGCUCCACGUCCACGGAACCUUCCUCGAGUGUCACUAUAACUGGGAGCUGCUCAUCUGGUGCUCCAGUCUGUCUCUGUUCCUGCUCAGGUUCGUCACCCUGGGCUCCGAGACCAGCAAAAAGUACAGCAACACCUCCAUACUGCUCACCGAACAGAUCAACUUGUAUCUCAAGAUGGAAAAGAAGCCAAACAAGAAAGAGGAGCUCACGCUGGUCAACAACGUCUUGAAACUGGCUACCAAACUACUCAAGGAGCUAGACACUCCCUUCAGGUUGUACGGUUUGACCAUGAACCCUCUGCUCUACAACAUCACCCAGGUGGUCAUCCUGUCGGCUGUGUCGGGAGUCAUCUCGGACCUGUUGGGAUUCAACCUGAAGCUGUGGAAGAUCAAAUCCUGACAAGAGGAAGCGCCACCGUCUGACUGACUGAACCGCGCAUCGCGUCCACCUUCUCACUUUGUGCAAUUCGCAAACUAUUUAUUUACCCCCUCAGUGUUUUUACUUGGACUUUUUCCAAUCCUAGUUUGUUUCCAUUUCCUGUUACAAUGCUACAUUUUACCCCUCUACAAAAAGUAUUACCGACGUCGCGAUAGUCUAGGCUCUGAGCUGCAUUGUUUGCUAAUUAUUGGACUCCAAAAGGCGCUGGUUGGAAAGUUGCUAUUUACGUCCGGCGAGUUUCUAAACUAAACGGGUUUUUUUUGGAUUUUACCAUUUCAAGGUUUUUAAGCCCACGUCAGCAGGCCCCAUUGCGGGGACUUUUAACUAUACCCCAUGACCCCGGCAUUCAUUCGCACAUAAUCCGUCGCCAUCACACUCCGCUCCACCAUCCGGACAAUGGACAUUUAUAGAAACGAUGCUCGACUCGACUAUUUCCAUCGGCGCUAUUUCAACGCCAAUCGCUUCAUCCCCUCGCCGGCCCCCGUGUACUUUGGGACAUUCGCAGACGCGCGGCUACUUUCCAGCGGACCCUCGAGGCCGUUUCACAUCCGUACCCCGGUACUCCUCUGCCCUCGCGCGCUGCCAAUGGAGAUAUGCACUUUAAACGGAAAAAGUUACAUCUCGUCAGAGCGGUAGCCCCGAGUGUCCCAUCGCCGCUCUCAAAGUUCGCCCCGCGCGGUACCUAAAGUAUCUUCAACGUGAUUAAACUGACGGCGCGCCCCUUGUCGACUCGUCUUCAGUGUGUUUGAGGAAGACCAAAGUGCUUAUUGUUUGUCUCUGCUGAGAAAAGAAUGUAUUUGCAGCAUUGUGCUUUAAAGUCCCUUUCCCUUUGGAAAUACUUGUUCACUUUUUCUCGCGUCACGGUUGCUUGUUUGUUUGUUCGUUCGUUCGUUCCUCACGCACGUGUUUGACCAUGUUUAUAAAGGAACAAAGAAUUGUAAAAUGAAAUGAAUCAAAGUUGGGAAAUAUUUACAUUUACUCGUGUGUUUUUUUGGCUCAACUGGUCUGUCCACAAGGUCUACUUUUUGAUAAGAAAAAUAAAAAGAAAUGAAUGUCGA